GCGAGCGAGCGCCAGACGCUGUUCAACGACAUCGCGCCGGUGUACGACCAGCUCAACGACCUCCUAUCUCUGGGCCUCCAUCGCGUCUGGAAGCGCGCGGCGGUGAAGUGGACGGGCGUGCGACCCGGGGAUCGCGCCAUCGACGUCUGCUGCGGCAGCGGCGACGUCGCGCUUCGCCUCGCCGACGCCGUCGGCCCCUCCGGCGAGGUCGUCGGUCUGGACUUCGCCGCCGCGCAGCUGCGCGUCGCCGCGGAGAAAGAGGCUGCGCAUCCGACCGGGUACGCGCUGUCGCCGAUCGUGUGGCAGCAGGGCGACGCGCUCGCGUUGCCGCACCCGGACGGCGCGUUCGACGGCGCGACGAUCGGGUACGGCUUGCGCAACGUCUCGGACGUCCCACUCGCGCUGAGCGAGCUGUGCCGCGUGUUGAAACCCGGCGGGAAGGCUGCGGUGUUGGACUUCAACAACGCGGUGGACCCGAACUUGAACUUCGCGCAGGGGUUCGUGCUCGACAACGUCGUCGUCCCGGUGGCGGAGUUGAACGGCGUCGCCGCGGAGUAUCGGUACCUGCGGCCGUCCAUCGAGCGGUACCCGAAGGGGCCGGAGCUGGUCCAGCUCGCCGUCGACGCCGGGUUCUCGAGCGCGACGUUCUACGAGCUCGAGCCCGCGCGGCUCAUGGGGUGUUUGGUCUGCGUCAAGUGA